GGGGCGCGCCUCAGAGGAGCGGGCAUGUUCCAACAUAUCCCAGCCUACCGAGCCGCUGCAGACGCACGGGGCGCGUGUGCGCAGGCUUUAAUAAACACACGGCGGCGUGUGCCUGCGCUUUGAAGAGGUCGGAUCAUGUCUUUAGCGUGUUGAUGUCGAGCCGCUCCUCCGCUUUCCUCUGAAGUCCACGCACGGGGCUCUUCGUGGCCAUGUCUCUGCCGGCCAAAGUGAUGAGAGACGGGCUGCUGGAGAAGCGCAGCAGCGGACUCCUCCAGCUGUGGAAGAAGAAGCGCUGCGUGCUGACCGACGAGGGCCUGCGCCUGCACAGCUGUAAGGGAGACGCUCCGAGUGCCAGAGCCAAGGAGCUGCGCUUCGAGCGCAUGGCCACCGUGGACUGCGUGGAGUACAAGCGCGGGCUGGUGUACUUCACGGUGGUCAUGGCGACGGGAAAGGAGAUCGACUUUCGGUGUCCGCAGGACGGCACCGUGUGGAACGCGGAGAUCGCGCUGGCGCUGGUUCGAUACAAGAACCUGCAGGCGGUGCAGACCGGGAGGAACCGACACCUGUCCGCCACACACCUGGGCAGCACCGGGGAGGAUGAAGAGCUCUGACCUGCCUCAAGCAUCGCUACUUCCGGGGAGUCAGCCAGUCAGAGUGGAGAGAGGUCGAAACCCACCAGAAAAUACCAUCACAGCUGAUUACGGCUUCAACAGUGAGGACAGUGACGCACGUCUCACCCUCCUGUGUGCACUUCCACAUGCUGUCAUGCAUAGUUUCGGCAUCAUUAACGUGGAUUUAAGUGUCUCCUCCUCAACCACCUGGCCCCCUGAGGUCAGACCAGACCCCACCGCCGAAACCACGUGGACAAAAACUGUUGAGCUGGGACCCUGUCACCCAUUGUGCCUUGAUAUUUUGAAAUAUAUAUUUUAUUCCAGAUAUUAUUUUACGGGACACUUUAACACUUUUUGCUCCUUAUGUAUUGCUUUUGAUGCAAACAUGUGACUUGCUUUGAAAAGUCCUGCUACAGACUGAACCGCCUGCUUUUGUAAAAGUUGCAUAUGAAGAAGAAAAAAGAAAUGCGUUUUGUUCUUACUCAUUGCACAUCGUAUUCUAAGACCAUAUACAGUAUUAUACCCUCAAAAAAAAAAGAAAAAAGAGUAAGCUGCAUUUUAUUUUCGGUUCAGAUGAUUAAUUGCCAACUUCAUCUGUUUCCAAUUAUGGUGUAACCUUGCUGUUAUAGCCUCUGGAAAAUACACACAACUCUUGCAACAACACAUGCUUCUGUGUGUAUGUUGAAGUUGCCUUUUUGUUGUCGGCGGCGUUGUGAACUCUAACGAGACUGAGGCGCGCGCACGCCAACAUCCACCCACGCGUAUUGCGUCCACGGCCGAAUUCAUCGUCAGCAGACUCAUUACUGAGACCUCAUGGCUAUUGCUCAUCCAAGCAUUUUGUGUGUGUGUGUGUGUGUGUGUGUGUGUGUGUGUGUGUGUGUGUGUGUGUGUGUGUGUGUGUGUGUGUGUGUGUGUGUGUGUGUGUGUGUGUGUGUGUGUGUGUGUGUGUGUGGGGUGGAGUUCAGUGCAGGUCAGGGAUAAAGGCUCAAUUGUGUGACAAGUACUCUGGUUACUGUGGAAAACCCCAAAGCUAACCGCAGUGACAGAGUGAGUCAGCGUGGUACCAGGGGCACUGCAGGCGCUGACUGACAGAUCAGUGCACAAAAGAUUGUGCACAGAGAAGUACCGCAGUCAAGGUCCCAUGUUCACCGGGGGGCAGUUACUGUACAGUAUCACUGGAAUGUGUUACUUUUUUGCACUGCACCAUAGAAUACAAUAUAAACUGAAAUAACA